AUGUCGCGAACAAUACUCGACACUGAACCUGGCUACUGGGAAAAUGCCUUCAAGCUCUGGCAUACAAGCUACAAGGACUCAAAAUUCAGAAGCGGACUCAUUCAUAGAAGCCAUUUAUGGGGAGAAGUUGAUUCUCAUGAUUUGAAGUACGUCACAUCAGCCCCAUCAACCAAAAGACAAGAGGCCAGACUUUAUGCCCCACCUAGAGGUAUUCCAUACCCACGAGAGUGCGCAAAACAAAUUAAUAAACUGGUCCAAUGCAAAGCUAGCUACGGAGUUCACAGCCCUGCUGAUGAUGUUCCUCAAUGCAAUCAAUGGAAAGGUGUUAUUUUUGAAGAAUGCCCUCACUGGGUUGUAGAGAAUUUAGCUCUGAAGAAAAAAGUUGCGAAGAGAUAUGAAGAUAUAGACAAUCUCACUUAUCAGAGAGCUAUGGAGAUAUCAGACUAUAAUAAGUAA